AUGUUCAACAUUGAUAUUGUAGGAUAAAUUAUAAUGAGAAUUGACAUGCAAUCUUAAUUCCUUUAAUUUUAAUUUACAUAAUAGCUUAUAUAAAUGAAUAAGUUUAAGCCAAUCAAUAUGGAUGACACUGCCUUUGGAUCGAUUGAUUCCAAAAACACCAUGUUCCUCACAUCUAGUCCUACUCAAUUCAAAACUAUACAAUAGGUUAGUCUCUCAAGGAAGCUCUCUAAAUUGGAACCAUUGAUAGUGGAAAAAGAUUAACGAAACGAUUCAAGAAGUUAAGAAAAGCGAUUAUUAAAGGACCUGGGCAUUAGUUAAGUUUUAGAUUGGAAUUCAUUUAUGGAAAAAGAUGCUGAAUAAAUCAAAGAAUUUAAUGAAACGACUUAGAAGUUUAGAAGAAGCUCAAUUUAAACUUAAAGUUCAUAAAUUUACAUGUCUCCCCAGAAAACAGACUAAUUCUUACCUUCAUAAUUUGAUGGUCGUAGAUCCUCGAUUAAUUUAAAGUCUUUUGACAAUGAUAACUUUCUUGAAAAAAUGAAAUUAGGCAAGUAAGAGAAAUUUGUAAAUUCUAGUAAACAGUUACCAAAUUUGACAACCACGGAAUUUAUGAAGUGCGUUAGACAAAAAGAAAAAUUAACAGAAUAUGCUAAAGUUUAUUAAUAAUCUCCAGAAAACUUGUAUCUUAAGUUGAAUAACUGUAUUAUACCCUGCUUUUAUUGAUUAGCUUAGAAUUUUGUUCCUAAAACCUUUGGAUUAGUGUCUCCUUAGGGCAGUUCCUUGACCCAAAUUAAUGCAUCUAGAUUUCUGAGAUGUAGUGAUGAUUGUAGAGUGUAUGCUGAAGCUAUGGCUACAACGUAAUCACAGGGAAUCUAAAAGAUGCAAUUGAAUAGCAACAUCUAUGAUCCAAGAUAGUUUAAAGAAUUAUUGAUAAGCUUUCCUAAUACAGUUAGGGAAUUAGAGUUGAAGGACUGCAAAUUAAAUUUCAAGCAUGUCGAUACUUUGAUGACCUAUAUCAACAAGAAUUAAAUAUUAAAAUUGAAUUUGGAAUAGAAUAUGCUCAGAGAUCAAGGCUGCAGCUCCUUGAUUAAACAUCUUAUGAGUAACAAUACAUUACAGUGUUUGAAUUUGUGCAAUAAUAAAAUUACAGAAUCCUCAAGUGCUGCGUUGAGUAAUUUCUUAAAGUAAUCCUAAAGACUCUUGGAGUUAUACUUGGGAUUUAAUAAUCUCUAAAUUAAUGGGAGUAUCUAAAUUUGGAAGGCUAUGUACAAGAAUACAAGUAUAAAGAUCUUGGAUAUGUCUCACAAUGCAAUUGCCUCUUUGGAAUGUGCAUAGGCUAUAGCCAAAGCCUUGUCUCGUCCUUAUAAUGAACUAGUUCAUAUUGAUCUAAGAUACAAUAAAUUCAAUCAACAACAAAGUGAAAUUAUUGCUGAGGGUUUAAUUAAAAAUGAAACCAUCUUUGGCUUUCAUUUCGAAGGUAAUUAUCAGGAUAUCAUUAUGAAUCCAAAUGGAUUCUUAAUUAAUCGAAGAGAAGAACUUAAAUAAAAAUAAUAGAAAAUAGAUUUAUUGAAUAAACAACCUCAAUAUUUUAAAUUGUUAGAUGAGGAGAAAUUAGAGAACUCUAACAAUUAGAAAACUGAUGAUGAUUUAUUUCUCGCCUAUCACAGAAGCAGGAGAAUGAAAUCUACUGAACUAAACAAGUAAAAAGUAAAUAUGAUAAAUAAAUUGGAUGUGUGUUGGAUAUGCGAAGGAUGGUAAGAAAUUAAAUUCUUAUGGAAUCCAAAAUCUGGGUCAUUACGAUCAGAACCAAUCUUCAUCCAUUUCGAUUUUGAUGACUAUAAACCCUAUUUAAUGACUUUUUUAAAUGGCAAAUUCUUUUUUGUAAAGAUGUGCCCUCCCAAUAGAUCAAUUAAAUACUUCUUUACAAAUCCUAUUCUAGGAAUCUAAUGUAUUGCAGAAGACUAAAAUGUAUUAUCCCUUCAUCAACCACUCCCUUCUAUUCCUUUUCUAUACAACAAUGAGAUAUUAGUUGAUGGAAACACUAUGCAAAUCAUUAAUGAAGUAAUAUCUCCUAAUAAUCAAAACUUAUUCGAUAGAUAUGUACCUUUGGUCUAAGUCAAACCAAGGGAAAAGAUGGCCUUGUUUGACUUUUCUCCAUAUUUGAAUAUAGCUUCUACUAAAUGGUCAGUGGAAACAUCAAUAUUCAGAUACUUUCCGCCAGAUACAGAUAAGUUAAUCGAGGAAUGCUUUGAAUUUGAUUACCAAAACUCAAAAAUAAAUAGGUUAGUGAAAGAAACGGAACUAUAGGAUAUCAAAGAACUAUUAAAAUAGUUCUAUUUUUAGCUCUUUAAUUGUUACAAGUACUUUGCAUCAGGAAACCCUACAGCUCCUGUAUUAUAUUAUUAAUAUGUAGAUUCCUUGCUUAGGACCUACUGAUUAUGUUGAGUUUUUAAUAUCCACUGAAAUAAUGGAAGGAGUCAAACCAAAUGACAUUGACAUUGGUUUUACUUCAACUGCAGGAGCUAAAGAUGUAUCUUUCCCUUAAGCAUAUGAAAAAGGUAUUGUAAGGUGUCAGUUAAUGGAAGUGCUAGUUCGCUUUUGCAAUGAUAAAUACAUAAGAAGUGGAUUGUGUCAAACUAUGAUUGAAGGGUUAUAGUAAUUACAGUAAUAAUGCAAUGAAUUUUUAUCGAAAUUUGAUUCCUCCUAGGCUUGGAGGAAAAUGAGGUUUUGGAUUGAAAAAUGUGACAUUCUUAUUCAUGAGAGAAUGCCCAUGAUCAAAUGCCUUUAUAAAUAUACUUGUAAAUUAAGUAAGAAACCCUAGCAAUAUAAAUAUGAUUAUGUUUCACCUUAAGAUUUCAAAGACUUACUGAAAUAAUCAAAUGUAAUUUGUGAUGAAUUAACGGACAGAGAAUGUUAUCUUGCCUAUCUAUAAAGUAUGAUAACUUAAAAAGAUGAAUUGUUCUAGCCAAAGCAUUAUCAAAUGACUCUCUAUGAAUUCAUUGAGGCCUUAUCUAGAAUUGCUGAGAAAGUGUCAAUUAUAAGAGGUGAGAAAGUAUUAGAAAUUGAAAAUAGAAGAGCUCAAGAUUUACAGGAUAAAAUAUCAGGAUUACUACUUCUGAUGUAUUUGACACUCAUAGAUGAAAUUAAAAAGGCUUUACCAAAUGAACCAGAUGUAAAGCAUCUUGAAAAAUGUAUGAACAACGAUUUCAGAUCAAAAAAACAAAAACUUGAGGAUUCUUUCACUGAUGGAGAUGAACCUCCUUAUGACGUUAAAGUUGAAUUACCUCUAUUAAUGGCAUAAGUUCCUAAUACGUAAGGCAAUGUAAAUGGGCCUGCCAAGCGAGUGACAAUUCGUAAUAUCAAAUUACUUAAACCCUCGACUACCAAAUACUCUCUUACCAAUUUUGUGCAAUUCUUCAUUAGCUUAAAUGAAAGAACCUGA